AUGCGUGUGCAUGACGUGUUCAACGUCGAUCGACUUAAGCAAUACCAGCCCAAUGAAGCCAAGUUUGCUUCCAGGCCUAUCCCGAAAGCUACUCCUGUUGUUCUAGAUGAAUCCACCGGCGAAGAAAUGUACAUUGUCGAGAAACUGCUUAAGAAGCGCCAGUUCAAUCGCAAGUUGGAGGUCGUCUUCCUUGCGAAUGCUACAAUGCAUGCACUAUCGUUGAUUGUUCUGCCGCGUCCAUUGGAAAUGACCGAAGGCAAACCGCACCUCGAUGGGAGGGCGAGAGCCUCGACGGAACGACCGACAGUGCGGGGCGCGGAACAAAUAGAGCAUCGUAUCGACUAUACAAUGAGUGAUACGGAAGCUAAGCCGUCAAGCCGCAAGUCUCGUUCGCCGGAGCGCGAAGAUGACCCAGUGCGGCAGGCGCCAUGA